GUCCGUCGCAUCAGUUGGCGUUCAGAUCGGCGUGAAGCAGAUCUCUGCUGUGAUCUGUUGGUCGUAUACAGCUCAAGGUGAUAUACCCUGGUAGUAGUACCGACCCCAUCGCCUAGUCUAAAAGGAUUUUCUCAAAUCAAAGAGAUAACAACAACCGAAAAGAAGUUUUAAGAAGAUGGAGGUAGAAAAGGCGGAGGUAUUUUUCGUGACUCGAAACAUUUGACCUUGAACGGACCGAAAAAAAAACGAACGAACGAACGAACCGAAAAUUCAAAACUUUUCUCCGGUGGUUUUUUUGGCUUUUCCACCAAUAGACUCUUCCCCCUAUUUUUUCUGUGUGUGAAUUUCUAUUUGAUCAAAUUUGAACGACAUUUUUAAAGGAAAAAAAAAAACAGGUCGGGACCUGCCGGAAAAAACAAAAAAAAAACAGUUGGCUAAAAAUUUUGCCUAAAGCUCAAGGUGAUUGUGCGUGUGUAGAUAUUAUUGUAAUAAGAGGUGGGUUAGUGGGGUGUGUGUGUGUGUGUGUGCGUGGUGUCUGUCUGUGCCAGUGUGUGGCUCACCUGGAGGAGGGUUGCCCUCAAGGCAUACAGGUGGACACAUAAAAGCCAGUGAAGAAAGAAAGAAAAAUAACAACGAAUCAGAAGAAGAAGAAGAAGAGAGAAUAGAAAAAAGAGAAAAAGAAGCGGGAGUUUGGAUGAAAAGUCGUGAGGAACUGAAAAAUAGAAAAAAGAGAAGAACCGAACGCUCAGACACGGCGGUGGCGUCGGCGGCCAUAACCGCCACUUUUCUCUCAUUUCUCCCUUCUUUUUCCCUAUUCGUUCCUCAACAACCGCCGGCUCUACACGUUGAUUGUUGAUUGUUGUGCGGGAGGGAGACACAGCCAAACGAAACCCAAAAAUUUAUUCCUUAUUCCAAAAACACCGUAGACAGGUGAAUAAGUUGGCCAGAAAAAAGUUCGGGUGUGUUUCUUAAAUUCUAUUUUGGGAGUGUCGGGGGGCCUAUAUACAGUGUUGGUGGAUUAAAAUUUGAAAACAGUGUUUCGAUCCAGCGCAUCCGUAAAGUUUGUUUUAUUGAGAAAUAAACGUUCCGGAAUUCAAUUCGGCUCAACAAAGUUCAACGCCUACAAUAUGAUGUCGUUGAAAAUCAUCCAGCUGAUCGUCCUCGGUGCAACAUUCGGUUGCUGCUGGGGACAGAAGGCGGAGAUGAGCAAGUAUGGCCGGUACAUUGGCGAUUUAGCGCGUGACGUCUCCGGACAGGUGUACGCCGUUAGUGACGAAGUUCUUUUUAUCAAAGGAUUCGUUUAUGGAGGCACCGGACCUGAUGCUUUCUUCUGGACGGGCAAUUCCAGCCGACCGAGUCCGAUACAAGGCACCAUUAUUCCUUAUCCGGCCGACUAUCAGGGAAAGGAACCUCCGGUUUUGGGACGAUACGACAACAAAGACGUUCUGCUCAAAUUGCCACUUGGCGUGAAAGUGCGUGAUUUACGCUGGCUCUCCGUCUGGUGCCGAAGAUUCGCGGUUGAUUUCGGUUCGGUGCUGUUCCCGGCCGAUUUGGACCCACCCAAGCCUCGGGUUCUAUCCGAAUUCAAAAGGCUGGCCCAUGGAUUGCGCUCCGGAAGCGUCACCAUCCUCGACGCCAAAACCAUCUACAUCCCCAAUUUGCAUUACGACGGAGCGGCUCCCGAUGCUUUUUUUUUGGUGGGCACCGGGACUGAACCCAACGCCCAAGGCAUCAAAGUACCCAACGAACUCGGAGACUUCAACGUUCUGAGGGGAUACCAGGGCGAGGACAUUGAAAUCCAACUGUCGGGCGACUUGACCGUUCACGACAUUAGUUGGUUGUCGUUGUACUGCAUUAGCUUCCGUGAAAAUUUCGGCCACGUCAUGAUCCCCAAAGAUCUGGACGUUCCUCCCGCUCUUGGACAGAACCAGUUGACCACGACCAAGAGCCCGAGCGAAGUCGGUUCGACGGACGCCACGGCUGGCGGCGUCGGCCAGGGUCACGAAUUCGACUCGUGUAUUCAGUUGCUCAACGGGCGCAUGCAGGUGCAAUGGGAGGCCAUCCUGGAGGGAGUCAUCAUCCGACUUUCGGCCAGGAUGGACGAGAACGAGUACAUGUCGUUCGGCAUUAGCGGCGCCGAAGGUAAAACGCAAAUGAUCGGCGCCGACGUCACCGUCGCCUAUUACAACAGCGACGACAACAAAUUCUACGCCGACGACUACAUUUUAAACGCCAAAGCCCAGUGCGACGGAAGUAACGGCGCUUGCCCGGAUAGCCGAAUAGGAGGACGUAACGACGUCAGCAUGCUCUACGGCCAGCGAGUCAACGGCGUCACCACGGUGGCUUACCAGCGCUCGCUGGACGCCCAGGAAGGCAAAUUCGACCAGGUGAUUCCGCCUGUCGGUCGAGUGAACGUCAUCGCCGCCAUCGGACCCCUCAACUCCCGCAAAGAAGCCAAUUACCAUUCAACCGAUCGAACGGGAUCGCAAGAGGAUCACCGAAUUGAUUUCACCAGUCGAGGGGUGAAUCAGUGUCCAACUCUACUGGCUCCCGAAGACAAGUCGGAAGCUCACGGCCCAUUGCCUUCACCGACGACGAGCACGGAGAAUGCCAUCCAGCCAUGGAAGCCAAAUGUGAUUUUCGGCAAAACGGAAUUGAGGGCCAGAAUCGGCCCAACUGGCGGCAAAAAGGGUUACACCGCUAUUACAGGCCAACCGUCUUGGGGUCUCGCCUGGUACAUUAACGAUCUCCUUAUCCCCGAAAUCUACGUUGAAAGGGGAGAAACGUACAUGUUCCUCGUUGAAGGAGGAAACGAUCCACUCAAUUCGGCUCGCUAUCAUCCGCUUUAUAUUACCGAUAGCCUGCAAGGUGGAUACGGCCAGAAAACGGAUGCCCAACAGAGAGAGCAGCGCGUAUUUGCCGGAGUCGAGUUCGACCCCAGCGGAUUCCCAUUCCCAACCGCCGCCGGAAGCUUGUGUGAAUGGAAGCACAAGACAGUUGACAAGUGGGCUGAAUCGGAGACGUUUGAAGAUUAUACAAAGACUUUGAUACUCGAGUGCGAAAGUGGUCGAGAACAACCGGCCAACCUGACGUGGACAGUUCCUUUGGAUGCACCCAAAACCUUGUAUUAUCAGUGUUACACGCACAACAGCUUGGGCUGGAAGAUUAACGUGGUUGAUCGGGGGUUCCAGCCUCCCGUACCUCAAUCGGCAGCCUCGCCAUCGCCGAUCGGCUCCCGAUUCUCAUUAUUGGCUGUUUUAUUGUUGCCGCUUUCCGUUCUUUUUUUAUGACGUGAAUAUUAUCCAACAUGGGCCGCAUUCACACCAAGCAGUUUUUUUUUUUUUUUUCUAUAUAUUCUCUGUUUCUGUUUCGUCUUUUUUGACUCAUAUAAAUUAACUUUCGGACUUUGAAACUUAUCGAGCCUUGGGUUGACAAAAUUUACA